UUUUCAGUUUCCGCCUUGACCUUUCCUCGGGGUAGAAGUCGGGCCUAGUCUGUGGAAUCCCAUUGUUUCCGGUAUGCAACCGCGCAGUGUGAUGACGUUGUACGGUUCCUACCCACCUCCUAGGUUCCUGAGUUCCUAAGAAGCGCUGUGUCGACGACAGUGGUGACGUGUGUAGCCUGGAGGAUGGCGGACAUUGGCUUGCGCCGCGUGGUUCCCAGCGACCUGUAUCCCCUCGUGCUCGGCUUCCUGCGCGAUAACCAGCUCUCGGAGGUGGCCAACAAAUUCGCCAAGGCGACAGGCGUUACCCAGCAGGAUGCCAAUGCCUCUUCCCUUUUGGAUAUCUAUAGCUUCUGGCUCAAGUCUGCUAAAGCCCCAAAGCGGAAGUUACAGGUAAAUGGGCCAGUGGCUAAGAAGGCUAAGAAGACUUCAUCCAGUGACAGCAGUGAGGACAGCAGUGAGGAGGAAAAAGCCCAAGGGCCUCCAGCUAAGAAGGCUGCUGUAUCUGCUAAGCUUCCUGGAAAGGCUGUGGCCAAAGUAUCAGAGAGUAGCAGCAGUGAAGAAUCCAGUGAUGAUGAUGAGGAGGCGGAGGAGGACAAAAAGAAAAAGCCUGUCCAGAAAGGAGUUAAGCCCCAAGCCAAGGCAGCUAACAUUCCUCCCAAGAAGGCCAAGAGCGCUGAAUCUGAUUCUGACUCAAGCUCAGAGGAUGAGGCACCAAAGAACCAGAAGCCAAAGACAACAUCUGUGGCAGCGAAAGCACAGGCCAAAGCUCCAGCCAAACCAGGCACACCGGCUCGGGCAGCUCCUAAAGUAACAAACAGCAAAGCAGCUAGCAGCAGCAGCAGUAGCAGUAGCAGCAGCAGCAGCAGCAGCAGUGAUGACUCAGAGAAGGAGAAGGCAGCACCAAUUUCCAAGAAGACUGUACCUAAAAAGCAAGUUGCAGCCAAGGCCCCCGUGAAAGCAGCUUCCGCCCCUACGCAGAAGAGUUCUAGCAGUGAGGACUCCUCCAGUGAGGAGGAAGAGGAACAGAAAAAAGCCAUGAAGAAAAAACCAGGUCCUUACAGUUCAGUCCCCCCACCUUCUGCUCCCCCACCAAAGAAGUCCCUGGGGACCCAGCCCCCCAAGAAAGCUACAGAGAAGAAACAGCCGGAAGAAAGCAGUGAGGAGAGCAGUGAUGAGUCUGAUUCAAGUUCUGAGGAAGAAAAGACUCCCCCGGCUAAGACAGUCAUCUUUAAAGCAACCACUAAACCAGCUCCAGCAAAAAAGGCAGCAGAAAGUUCUUCAGACAGCUCAGACUCCGACAGCUCUGAGGAUGAAACUCCUGCCAAGCCAGUCAGCAUCACCAAGAAUCCUUCAAGUAAGCCAACUGCCACUACCAAACAGCCUGCAGCCAAAGCAGCUGUGACUCCCAAGCCAUCUCCAGGCAGUGGUCAGAAGCCUCUGGUCAGAAAGGCUGAUAGCAGCUCCAGCGAGGAAGAGAGCAGUUCUAGUGAGGAGGAGGAGGAGGAAAAGGAGAAAACAACAAAGACUGUGGCCAAACCUAAGUCCAAGGUGAUGGCCAAAGCAGCUGCAUCUCUCCCUGCCAAACAGACCCCUCAGGGUGGUGAGGCUAGUAGCUCUGAUUCAGACAGCUCCAGCAGUGACAAAGAGGAAGAGGAAAAAAAGACAUCUAAACUCACAAUUAAAAAGAAGCCGCAGAAGGUAGCAGGAGCUGUGGCCCCUUCCAAGUUGGCCUCCAAAAAGAAAGUAAAGGCUGAGGGCAAUAGCAGUUCUUCCUCUGAUGACUCUAGUGAGGAGGAAGAGGAGGAGGAGGAGAAGCCAAAGGGCAAGGGUACACCAAAUCCGCAAGUACCCAAGGCCAAUGGCACGUCUGCACUGACUGCCCAUAAUGGAAAAGCAGUCACGGACAACAAUGAGGAAGACGAGGAGGAGGAGGAAGAAAAGAAACAGGUGACAGUGGCAGUUUCCAAGCCAGGUUCAGGAAAGAAGCGGAAGCAGACUGAAGCUGCCAAGGAGGCAGAGACUCCUCAGGUCAAAAAACUGAAGCUCCAGACCCCCAAUACAUUUCCUAAAAGGAAGAAAGUAGAGAAAAGGGCAUCAUCUCCAUUCCGAAGGGUCAGGGAAGAAGAAAUUGAGGUGGAUGAGCGAGUGGCAGACAACUCCUUUGACGCCAAGCGAGGUGCAGCUGGAGACUGGGGGGAGCGAGCCAAUCAGGUUCUGAAGUUCACCAAAGGCAAAUCCUUCCGGCAUGAGAAAACCAAGAAGAAGCGGGGCAGCUACCGGGGAGGCUCCAUCUCCGUCCAGGUCAAUUCCAUUAAAUUUGAUAGCGAGUGACCUGGGGCCAUCCGUGGUGACGCAGGGGUGAUGAUGUGAGACCACUCACUUUCCCCAGUGGACCUAGGAGCCCUCAGUUCUCUUAGGGGAGGUCUGGGUGAGGGCAGCAAUUUAGAGUAGAUCUUAAGACUUUGCAACUUAACAUCCUCCCUGGUCCUUUUCUGUGAUCCUAGUUUUGUACAGAUUUGUUUAUGAGUAUUGUGUAGCAGGGACAAGCUAAAGGGAGUGUCAUUUUUUAAGAAAAUUUGUUUUACUUGUCGCCUUCUCCCUGUUCUGUGAAAGUCCUCAUACUGAGAAAUUUGUGUAUUUUAUAUUAAAUCAUUUCCUAUUGAUUUUUGUUGUAAUUUUCAGAGGCAGGUUCCCACAGACAAAAAAUCUUAACCAUUGUCCAAGACAUAAUAAAGGUCACGUGUGAAUUUUUAUAAUUUAUUUGGAGGAGAAUUCUGCUAUUAUGAGUACACAUGUGGUUCACUUUUCCUCCCUCCUACCCAUCCGCAAAGCCCUGGUGAGGGGAAGUUAAAAUAAUGGUUAAUGUAUACUUAUGUGUCUGUUAAGCAUGCAAUAUGUAUUUUGUACUUUAUUCAUUGGGUCUUGGACUGAAGUUUUCAGCUAGCAUGGAUCUACCUACUUUUUGGGAUAAAAUUCGCUGCUUUGUUACAGGCAGAAUUUGGUGUGGUGUGAAUGUUAUAGGUCAGUCAGAAAAUUUUUACUGUAAUUUUAUCAUUAUUACAUAAUGUUUGCAAUAAAUGACUUUUUUUUUAAUUUGAAA